CCACAAAGGCUUAAACCCUCACAUCCUGGGCCUUGAACCCCUUCCCAUCUCUCUCUCAUGGCUCUCCCUUCUCCCUCCCUCGCCUCCUUCUCCUUCCCCCACUCUUCUCCCUCUCGCCCUCUGCUCUUCUCUCGCUCUCUCACUCCCCACCAUCUCCUCUUCUCCCUACGCCGCCGCCCCCUCCUUCUCCUCCCCGCCUCCGCCAUCGGCCCCGACGGCAAAUUGCACCCCUCCCCCUCCGACGACGACCCCCCGGAGGCCCCCGAAGACACCUCCCAUGGCGUCUCCCGCCUCCAACAAUUCGAGAGCCAGGUCGACCGAGCCCGCCGCCGCCAGGAUGAGCAGUUCAAGAAGGACCAAGCCCUCUUCCUCUCCGCCCUAGCCAACGAACAAGACCCUCCCGAAACCCCCGCCGCCGACGCCGCCAACGCCGGAGAUCCCACCUCCUCCGGCGACGACCUCUUCGGCGACAUCGACCGCGCCGUCGCCCUGAAGCGCCAGGAGUUCGUCCGCCAGGGCCUUCUCGAGCCCAAUCCCCCCAAAAAGGAGCCGCCUUCGGAGACCGUGGAGGGACUCGACGAGCUCACAUCUGAGGAGGUUGUGGACCUCGAGGAGAUCGGCGAGCUCCAGGGUCUCACCGUCAUCUCCGAGGACGAGCCCGUUGAGGAGAAUCCCACCAAAUUGCCCGACCAAGAGGAGGACGAUGCCUCUGCCGCGCGUGGCUCGGGAUCGAACGGAGCGCCAUUGCCUCCGGAAUUCGACCUCGAUGUGGAUGCAUUUGGCAAGUCCCCGAAUCGGAUUGUGGAGCCCAAGUUCAAAAUGACGCUGGCCGAGCUUCUGGAUGAUAGCAGGGUCGUGCCGGUGUCGGUGUACGGCGAUUUGGAGGUCUUGAUCACCGGAAUUCAGCAUGAUUCGAGGGAGGCCACUGCCGGGGACCUUUUUGUCUGCUGCAACGGUUCCACCAAGAGUGAUGGGCUUGACACUCUCACUGAGGCUGAUAAGCGAGGAGCUGUCGCAGUGGUGGCUAAUAAGGAGAUCAAUAUAGAUGAGACACUGGGCUGCAAGGCUCUUGUCAUUGUGGAGGACACCGAUUUGGUGCUUCCCGUCCUUGCUGCGUCCUUUUACAGGCAUCCAUCGAGGAGCAUGUCAGUGAUUGGUGUCACCGGAACUGAUGGCAAGACCACGACGGCUCACUUGAUCAAAGCCAUGUAUGAGGCAAUGGGGUUGAGGACUGGGAUGCUGGGCACCUUGGGGUACUACGUGCAGGGGGACUACAAGUUGGAAGCUCCAGACACGACCCCUGAUGCAGUAGCAGUCCAGAAACUGAUGGCACAGAUGGUCCACAAUGGAACUGAGGCAGCUGUCGUGGAGGCUUCCUCUCAUGGGUUGGCGCUGGGGAGGUGCGAUGAGAUUGACUUCGAUAUUGCUGUCUUUACAAACCUUACAAGGGACCACCUUGACUUCCAUGGGAGUGAGGAGGAGUACAGGAAUAGCAAGGGCAAGCUGUUUGCGAGGAUGGUUGAUCCAGAGCGGCACCGGAAAGUAGUAAACAUUGAUGAUCCAAAUGCACCAUACUUUAUUGCACAGGGGAAUCCAGAUGUUCCUGUUGUGACUUUUGCAAUGGAGAACAAGAAUGCCAAUGUGCAUGCUUUAAAGUUUGAGCUUUCAAUGUUUGAGACACAAGUUUUGGUCCAGACACCUCAGGGGAUACUGGAGAUUUCAUCGGGGUUGCUUGGGAAGCACAAUAUAUAUAACAUUCUCGCAGCUGUCGCUGUUGGAAUUGCAGUUGGGGCACCAUUGGAGAACAUUGUGAUGGGGAUUGAAGAGGUGGAUGCGGUUCCAGGUAGAUUUGAGCUUAUAGAUGAGGAGCAAGCAUUUGCUGUAAUUGUGGACGAUGCUCGGACACCUGAUGCUCUAUCUAGACUUCUAGAUACUGCAAGAGAGCUAGGCCCUGGGAGAAUUAUUACUGUCUUUGGAUGUUGCGGUGAAAGUGAAAGAGGAAAGAGACCCUUAAUGACAAAAAUUGCGACAGACAAAAGUGAUGUGGUUAUGUUGACAUCUGACAAUCCAAGGAAUGAAGAUCCGUUGGAUAUCUUAGAUGACAUGUUGGCUGGUGUUGGAUGGACCAUGCAAGAUUAUUUAAAAUAUGGUGAAAAUGAUUACUACCCGCCCCUCCUAAAUGGCCACAGGCUUUUCUUACAUGACAUCAGAAGAGUAGCUGUAAGGGCUGCUGUUGCAAUGGGUGAGGAAGGUGAUAUAGUUGUUGUUGCAGGCAAAGGCCAUGAAACAUAUCAAAUUGAAGGUGAUAAGAAGGAUUUUUUUGAUGAUAGAGAAGAGUGUAGAGAAGCAUUGCAUUAUGUUGAUGAACUACAUCGAGCAGGAAUAGACACAAGUGAAUUCCCGUGGCGGCUACCAGAGAGUCACUAGUGUUUCCUCUAGAAGAGAUUGGACCUUGGUACAUAUUUGCAUUUCAGCAGUAAGACUUCGGUAGCCCUGUCUGUUAGUGCUUGUGGAAUGAUAAGCUGGUAGCAUUCUAAUUAUCAAGCAAGUAAAAUAGCAGGCUGAUGAAGGCACUCUGCCAAUGUACAUGAUUAACGUUGAGCUAUCUAGCCGGGGGACUACCAGAUGUUCCAAUGAUGACCAAUUUUGCAUCUUCAUGCCGCUCCAACUCUGCUAUCAAAAGUCUAUUGAUGGCCUGUACAUUUAUUUGUAAUUUCAUGUAAGUGAUGUUUCCCAGUGUAUGCUGUAUCAUUGUUUGGUUCAUUCUGCUGAUCCUGUCUAAAUGAAAUAAGGCUUGCGUUUUGUAUUAAUGUAAAGCCAUAUUAUCCAAGGAUGCGAUGAGGCUCUGGUAUUUAUCAUAAUGUUUUGCAUCUGGGUAGUA